GUCUGAGUGACAUGGGUUGCAACCUACAGGAGGCCCGUGGGGCGGUACGGCGCGCGGCGCCCGUAGUGCGAACCAUGGGAGGCGGCUGGUGGUGGGCUCGGGCCGCUCGCCUGGCCCGUCUCCGCUUCCGGAGGUCGCUACUGCUGCCUCAGCGGCCCCGGAGCGGGGGCGCUCGGGGGUCCUUCGCCCCCGGCCACGGCCCCCGCGCCGGGGCUUCGCCGCCCCCAGUGUCCGAGCUGGACCGUGCGGACGCCUGGCUCCUCCGAAAGGCGCACGAGACAGCCUUUCUCUCCUGGUUCCGCAAUGGCCUCCUGGCGUCUGGCAUCGGAGUCAUCUCCUUCAUGCAGAGUGACAUGGGUCGGGAAGCAGCAUAUGGCUUCUUCCUGCUGGGCGGCCUGUGCGUGGUGUGGGGCAGUGCCUCGUACGCGGUGGGCCUGGCGGCGCUGCGAGGGCCCAUGCAGCUGACGCUGGGGGGCGCGGCCGUGGGCGUGGGCACCGUGCUUGCCGCCAGCCUGCUCUGGGCGUGCGCAGUGGGCCUCUACAUGGGGCAGCUGGAGCUGGACGUGGAGCUGGUGCCCGAGGACGACGGGACGGCCUCCGCGGAAGGCCCUGAUGAGGCGGGUCGGCCGCCACCCGAGUGAACGACACGGCCAUGGGGCCUGGCAGGCGCUGGACGACAGCGCCCGAGGACUGGGACAUUAAAACCUGACCUCCCCUCCUCCA